UUCGACAUGCAGAAGCUCUUCAAGCCCCUCCCCUCAAACCCUAUCCCUAACAAUCUCAACUCUCCAAACCCUAACCCUAAUUUCUAUUCACCGCCUCCUUCAGGCCCUUACUCUUACCCUCAUCAAACUCCCCCUUUCAACCCUCAUCACUUCAUGCAGCAUCCCCAAUCCCCUCUUACCCCAAACCCUAACCCUAACUCUACCCAUGGCGCUCGGCUAAUGGCACUCCUCGGGAGCACUCCCGUCUCACACAUCGAAUGGCCUCACCCUCGAUUGCCGCCGGCGGCGGCGGCGGCCGUAGCCACCUCCGAGUUCCGCCAAUUCCGCAGACGGCGCCUCGGCCCCGCCGGUCGCCAUGGGAGGGUCGCCAGCAGCAAGAUGCCGAGGGGUCGAUUGCUUGGGACUGGAGAUAGAGCGGUUCUUGAUGUCGAUUCGAGGUUCAUGGGGGAAUCAAAGCCUCCUCAGCUUGAGGUUACUCCGAUUACAAAGUAUGUUUCUGAUCCAGGAUUGGUUCUUGGUCGCCAGAUCGCUGUGAAUCGGACGUAUAUUUGUUACGGGUUGAAAUUGGGGCCGAUUAGGAUUUUGAAUAUCAACACAGCGUUGAGAUCCCUAUUGAGAGGGCAUUCUCAGAAAGUUACAGACAUGGCUUUCUUUGCAGAAGAUGUUCACCUUUUAGCUAGCGCGAGUGUAGACGGGAAGGUCAUUGUUUGGAAAAUUAAUGAGGGGCCUGAUGAAGAGAACAAGCCUCAGAUAACUGGAAAAAUCAUUGUUGCUGUUCAGAUAGGUGGAGAUGGUGAACCGUAUCACCCACGGAUCUGCUGGCACUCCCAUAAACAAGAGGUUUUGAUUGUUGCAAUUGGAAGUAGUGUGCUAAAAAUUGACACGACAAGAGUAGGAAGAGGCAAAGAAUUUUCUGCAGAUGAGCCCCUCAGAUGCCCUGCUGAGAAGCCUAUUGACGGGAUACAAUUUAUUGGCAAACAUGAAGAGGAUGUGACGGAUUUGUCCAUAUCUCAAUGGAUGACGACUCGGUUAGCCUCAGCAUCGAAAGAUGGCACGGUAAAGAUUUGGGAUGAUCGUAAAACGGUUCCUCUGGUGACAUUGAGGCCACAUGAUGGACAGCCAGUUAGUUCAGUUGCAUUCUUGACUUCACCCCACCGACCUGAUCACAUUGUGCUUAUCACCGCGGGCCCUCUUAAUAGAGAAGUAAAGAUAUGGACAUCCACAAGCGACGAAGGCUGGCUCUUGCCUAGUGAUUCUGAAGCAUGGCAGUGCAUCCAGACUUUGGAACUGAGAAGUUCUGCAGAGCCUCGUCAUGAGGAGGCAUUUUUUAAUCAGCUUGUGGCAUUGCCUCGAGCAAGCCUCAUACUACUUGCCAAUGCAAAGAAGAAUGCUAUAUAUGCAAUCCAUGUGGAUUAUGGUCCAUUUCCAGCUUCAACUCGUAUGGGCUGUAUAGCAGAUUUUACUGUUACAAUGCCAAUAUUAAGUCUUACAGGAACAAGUGAUAGCCUCCCUGAUGGGGAAGAGGUAGUCCAAGUUUACUGUGUCCAGACGCAGGCUAUUCAGCAGUAUGCACUUGACUUAUAUCAGUGUUUGCCACCCCCGGGUGAUGCUUUUCUGGGGAGAGAUCCUGGAAGUCACAUGUUAGAUUCGCCUAUCUCAGAAGGAUUUCCUGUGUCACAACUAUCACGUGGACCUUCUGGCGGUGCUUAUCCUGUAGGUAGUGCAUCACCAAGAACCUCUCUUCCUGGGAGCAGCUCCGAGUCUUUACCUACAUCCAUAUUUCCUGUAACCUCUGUAUCUUAUGACGUUUCUGCUAUACAUGAACGGACUACAUCGAAUGUUGAGGUGAAGCCCUCUGCUCCUCCACUUUCCAGUUCAGAUCCUGCGACAGUUAAUAUCGUGCCUUCCCCUGCUUUAAAUAUGGACCUUUCAGGUGGGCUUUCUAUCUUAAGGAACCCUUCAAAGGGCUUUGAUCAGGGACCUUCACGUAGCAAUAGUGAUGUCAGCCAACCAGUUGACUAUCCACUUGAAGGGCGGGUUGAUGUUGUGGUUUCAACCGCAUCCAAUGUUCCUUCCGCUGUUAAUAAUUCAGGAAGGGAUGAACCUAAAGCUGGAAUAAAUAACAUUAACUUGGUGCCAAAUCCUCAUUUAUUGUUUAAGUUGGGUGGCAACACAACGCACCUGGUAACUCCAUCAGAAAUUCUAUCAGGAGCUAUUUCUUCUUCAGAGAACACUCGUCCCAGUCCGGGCUUGAGGAGCGAGGAAGUUAAGGUUCAAGAUAUUGUUGAUAACAAUGAUGCAAAGAGUGUAAACAUGGAAGUUAAACAUGUGGAUGAAAGUAGGUUCUCUCAUGAUGACCAGUCUGAUUCUCAGAAAGAGCCACCAAUUGACAAGGAUAAAUGUCUCAACACCUCACCUUCCAAAGUCAAUAGUGAAAGCCCGACAACAGAAACUUGCAAUGUUGGUGAGGCUCCCAAGGGAGAUAGUACAUUUGUUGCCGACACGUUGGGGCAGACUUUGGUUGCUGGUGAGGAAGAAGUUCAAGGAAAUGCUGAUUUUUUAGAGACGACAGAAGCUGUUAGUGCACUUGCGAAAUCCACUUUGGCAACGAAAGAGAAAGCACAAAAAGCAAAGCAACCUCAAGCAUCAGGUCCCCUCUCACAUUCUUUAAGCCCUUCUAACUCUACCGAAUCUUUAAAUGAACCAGGGAGCAAUGCAAGCCUUCUUUCAACUGAUACAACUUCAUCACAGCUGCACUCUAUGAAGGAAAUGCUUAAUCAGUUUAUGAGCAUGCAAAAGGAGAUGCAGAAGCAGAUGAGUUCAGUGGUUGCUGGACCAGUCAAUAAAGAAGGAAAGAGGGUGGAGAAUGCCUUGGGCCGAAACAUGGAGAAAGCUAUGAAGGCUAACAUGGAUGCUUUGUGGACCCGUUUUCAGGAGGAAACUUCAAAGAAUGAGAAGGCUGCAAGAGAGCGAGCGCAGCAGUUGACAAGCCUCAUUACCAACUGUACCAACAAGGAUUUGCCUUCAAUGUUGGAGAGAACAUUGAAGAAGGAGUUGUCUUCAGCGGGACAAGCUUUAGCCCGAGCAGUCACCCCUGCUAUUGAAAAAUCCAUUUCUUCUUCUGUUGCUGACUCUUUCCAGAGAGGUGUUGCGGACAAGGCAGUUGUUCAGCUGGAGAAGUCCAUCAAUUCCAAACUUGAAGCUACUGUAUCUAGGCAGAUUCAAGCGCAAUUCCAAACGUCUGGAAAGCAUGCUCUUCAGCAUAUGCAGGAGGCUCUCAGGUCUGGCUUAGAGUCAUCCAUGAUUCCUGCAUUUGAACAAUCUUGCAAAGCAAUGUUUGAGCAAGUAGAUAUGGUCUUUCAGAAAGGAAUGAAUGAACACACUGCUGCUGCUCAACAGAAAUUUGAGUCCACACACACUCCUCUUGCGAUUACUUUGAGGGAUGCAAUCAAUUCGGCAUCAUCAGUCACCCAUAAUCUCACCAGCGAAUUAGCUGAUGGUCAACGCAAGAUCUUAUCUCUUGUCGCAGGGAGCACAAACGGAUUGAAUCCUAUGGCAGUUCAGCAAAGCAAUGGCUCUGUGACUGGGCUUCCAGCGAUGCGGCCUUUGUCACUUCAACAAAUCGAAGCACCUUUGGAUCCAACAAAGGAACUAUCAAGAUUGAUAUCAGAAUGCAAAUUCGGAGAAGCAUUCACAAUGGCUCUCCACAGAAGUGAUGUCUCUAUUGUGUCCUGGCUAUGUUCUAAGGUGGAUUUGCAUUCAAUUUGCACCAUGGUUCCGCUCCCUUUAAACCAGGGAGUUCUGUUAGCUCUCUUGCAACAGCUGGCCUGUGAUAUUAGUAAGGAGAUGACAAGAAAGUUAGGAUGGAUGACUGAUGUAGCCGUCGCCAUUAAUCCCACAGACCCAAUGAUUGCUCCGCAUGUUCGUCCGAUAUUUGAGCAAGUUUACAAUAUAUUAGCUCACCAGAGAUCUCUUCCGACAAUUACAGCAUCUGAAGCUAGCAGUAUUCGUCUUAUAAUGCAUGUCAUUAAUUCUGUACUCAUGAGCUGUAAAUGAAGUUUUGGGACUCUGUUGUCAAUGCUUUUGUACAGAGAAAAUGAAGAAAAAAGAAAAAGGAGGCAUGACGACUGUAAAUUUGGAAUCGAAGAUGGCACUUGGACUUUAUUGCAAUCGUUUUGUUCUUGUUUCAUUGUGGUUCUUAUCGUUUUGACAAAUAUUACGGCAUGUAAGUAGAUUCGAUGGACUUUGAAUUUGCUGCUGAUUUGUAUUGCAGUGCAGUUUUGUUGAUUGUCCUUCCCAACUUUGAUCUAUGCGCAUAUCCAUGUUGUAAGAAUAUUGAUGCUUGAUGAGCUACAAAUGUAUAUAUUUUGUUGCUGGUACA